AUGAAUAAUGACGACCAGGUACGGCUUAAGGAAGAAUUGGCUAAGCUCGAGCACUUGAGGGAUCAACGGUUUGAGGAUGUUGCCAAAUUCAACUAUCAGAGGAUGCUAGAGAGAGAGCUCAAGGAGAAGUCUGAAUAUGAAGCGAAGGCAAAGAAGACCGCCGAGAUUCAGCAAGCCCAGCUGGCCCAAUGGAAAGAGACACGUGUGGCCGAGAUCCGAGACGAAAUGGUGGAGGGCGAGAUACUGAGAAAGAAGGCUGCAGAGGAUCUUCAAGCUGAGCGCCGAGCAGAGGAAGCACGCCGCAACGUUGCAAUCCAAGCCUUGGUUGAGACUCAGAAAGCAAACGCAUAUUUGGAAGAAAUCAGAGCACGGGAAGCCAAGAGAUCUGCCAAGGAAGAGCGCAAAAUAGGCACAGAAUAUGCUGCGGAGAAAGCUCGACAGCUCGAACUGCGCAAGGAGAGAGAGCUGGAACUCUUUACUGCGAAACAAGAGAUGAGGAGAAAGAUGAUCGAAGAUCAAGCGGCGCGGCUAGCGGCUCUUCAAUCUAAUGAAGAGCAACGUUUAGAAAGACAAGUCCUGGAAAAGGAAAUGGCUCAUGAGGCUGCCAGAGUGAAGAAAGAAGAGAAAAUGCGAAAGUCGCAGAUCAGUCCCAACUUCAUGUGCCAAUACCUGCCCGACAGGUGGAAAAACGCACUCGAAAAGUCACGCAGCCUGCAGAUGGAGAAGAAAAGGAGGGCGAAGGAAUAUGAACAGGAGAUGGGCAAGAAAAUGGCAGCUUAUUCGGGGAAAAUGUUCGAGAAACUCAACGAAGACGAGAAAGAAGAGCGAGCUUCCCGUAGGAGAGCGGCUGAGUACAUAGCGAUGGAGCAAAAGCGUCAAGUGGCAGAGAAAAAACGUCGAGCGAGGAGGGAAGCAGAAAUUGAAGCGAUGGUCAUUAACAGAGCGAAGACUGUAACUGAGGCCGAAACUCUCGCUUUCCACUCCUAUGCAUCCGAACGUAUAGGCGAAUAUGCUGAUGAGGGGAAGAACGUCAUUCCCCUAAUCAAGGAGCUAAGGGAGUACCGCAAACGAUCCGCGCAGUGA